AUGGGCGCCCAGACGGAGGCGCCGCCGGCGGAGAGGGAUGCCGGCGACGCGCGCUGGCACAGCCUCGGCCUGCUGGACGACCACAUCAAAUCCCUCAAGAAGCAGAUCGAGGUCCUGGCGCAGGAGCUGAGGACCGCGGUCGCGGAGCGCGACGCGCUGCUGAGCGAGCUGGGCGUCCUGCAGUGGCCGGGGCUGGAGCGGGAUGCGAGGUUCCUGCUCAAGCUGCCGGGCUCCGGCCGGAAGGGUAGCGGGGUGGAGUGGCGGUUCGAGUGCAAGAACGGGGCGGAUGGCGGGGAGGAUGGGGAGGGGAGGCGGGCGCACAAGCGGGGGCAGUCGUGGGGCGGGUGGGACAAUAAAGCGGGACGCAGGGGUGCGGGGGGCAGGAAGCUGGGCAGGAGCAGGAUCAGGUCCAUGGACGCGGACCUGGGCAUGGAGAAUCUGCCCUUCGGCGGGGCGCUGCCCACGCAUCGCGGGCCGACGCCGGACGCCUGCGAGGCGCGCGAGACGCCGGAGGGCGAGGGGGAGCCGGAGGCGCGGGAGGAGUGCGGCGAGUGCGAGGCCGACACGCCGAAGUCCGGCGCCAGCGCGCUGCCGCCCAUCGACGAGAACGAGGCGGAGGCCGCGGCGGAGAGCGCGGAGGAUUCGGGGGAGAGUGAGGCGGUGUUUGACGACUUGCCUGACAGCCCGUCUUCGGUGACGGACUCGGAGCGGAGCGAAGGUGGCCAUGGCGACACGGAGGGCCCCUCUGAGGGCCGAAGUCAAGAUCAGGAGAAGUGCGCGGAGCAGGAGUCUGCAGCGAGCACGGAGGGCGUCGUGUGGCUAUCCAACGGCGCCUUCCACCGAACCGCCGUGGACUCACCCACGCCCUCCACGGACUCUGAGACUGGCCCCGAGGCGGCUGUGAGCGCCCACCACCCACAGGUCCGGAUGCGCACCACGCACGUGGCAUUGGUGGAGAGGGCUAACCGGGCCGCGAGGCUGUCCAAGGAGCUGUUCCAGGCAAAGUUUGCGCUGCAUGACAGCCAGUCGCAGCUGCAGUUUUUGUCCGAGAAAAUGAUGAUGUAUAAGAACACCUUCCAGGACGAGGUGAGGCGCCAUGAGGAGGAGACGUGUAGGCUGCGGUCGAUGCUGAACGAGGCAACAACGUCGAAGUUCAUUAUGUUCUGCAAGCUGUCCGAGUGCCAGGAGAAGGUGCAGCAGCUGGAGGAGCACCUGGUGCUCUCACGAGCAAUGGGUACGAGGUCAAACCUCGGGGCAAUCGAUGAGAAUGCGGACCAGACUGGUAAGGAUGUGCUUACAAAAGUGCCGGAAGAGGAGUCUGAGAAGGUCAUGAUGUCACCGCGCUGGGUCAGAGGGUCCAGCAUGUCCACCAUUGAACGUGGUGCUGGCAAGGUUGCACAGAAUUCUGUUGGCAGUGAUCUGCAGCUGCGCCUGACAGAGACGAUGCGCCGGCUGCUUGAGGCCGAGAACCGCGGUGACCAGCUGCAGCAUCGCCUGAAGGAACUGGAAACCCAGCUCAAGAAGAGGAGCGCUGAUGACACAAAGUCCGUGUUGUCAACAGCCCGGUCUUCAACAUCUGCCAGCUCUAAGCGCAGCAACCAGAACCAUACCUGGAACGAACUGAAGCAGACGCGCCUGGAGCUCAAACGCACCCGUAUUCAGCUACACAAGUGUGAAGGGGAGCUGAGCUCCUCCAACAAGAUCCGGCACCAGCAAGAAGAGGCGAUCGGAAAGCUAAAAAAGGAGCUGAAGGAAGUGAAGCGGCGAAAGCCGCCAUCAUGGCGGUGA